ACCAUGGCGAGGCAUCGUGACGCUUUGCCAAGGCUCAAUAUACCUGCCUCGCUCAAUAUGCAGCAGCCCAUGCAGACGAUGUAUUCGCCAGCCCUCCCGACAUCUAUUCAGCAGAGCUUCCACCCUCCUCUUCCUAUGCAAACCCCAAUGCAAAACUUUUUCCCCCAAGUGCCGUCCGCCCCAGGUCGACCAGCCCAUCACGCUGGACAGGCCAGCGUCGCCCAACUCGCAGCUGCUGGCAUCCACCCUCCCAGCGGUUACCCCAUGACGCCCAUGGGCGGCCACUUUUCGCGGCCUUCCAUGAUGAUGAAUGGUCCACCUGGUGGCCAUCCUUUUCCAGGUAGAAACAGGAGACAGCUCAGCAUUGGAGGUCCUCCCAAGGCCGUUCUGGGAGGACCGAAUCGUAAGCUGAGUCCUAUACCCCCUGCUGCAGUAACAGCUACUGGAUCAAGCACGUCCCCCGCGCCACAAGUUAAGCCGAAAAAGAUCGUCGUCAAUCUCCCAAAGGAGGAUAUCACCGGAGAUAAUGGACAAACGGUCUGUCGCGCUUCCUGGGCGAGGAAUCCUCUGGACGACCCCGUUAUUCUACCACUUCCCGACGUCGCACCUGUAGAAACCUACUCAAUAAAGAUAUACCCUUCGGAUGACUGGAGAUUUGAUAUCCCACCAACCAUUGAUGUCUUUUUGCCAGGCAAGAUGGCUAUAGAGGAGAAAUUGGAGAAGCUGGGUGUAGAGCGCGGGUCGGGGAGCAAUGCACCGCAUAUAUAUGCACCUCAUGCUCGUGCAGCAUCAAUAUCUUCGCCCGCAGACCCUGCCCUUCUGCUCUUCAAGCUCAACAAACUCCAGCAAUCUCAAAAUGCGUCAUCCAAUAAUUCUAUGGCCCCUUCUCCUCAACCAUCUUUCGGCAUGUCACCAUCACCACAUCAACAGGGACCAAGAUUUAUGAUGAAUAGACACGGUCACAGCAUGUCAUUGGCGCAGCCACCUACACAAUCUCUAUACCCUUACAACAACGGACCUCUUGCUGCGCUGAAUCCGUUCGGACAUGAUGCCGUUUUAGGUUCUGAUCAGAUACCUUCGCGUUCGCCGCGUGUUUCCCCCGGCCCUCCUGGCAUCGGCGAAAUCCACGCUCCUCAAGGACGUGUCCCUGUUGCACUUCCAUCUUUGGCUCCACCAGCUCUGUCCACUAGUCGCCCCGACAGUAGGCCAGAUUUCAAUAGAGGGUUUGGCCUUGAUAUUCCCGAAGAAGAGGAGGAAGAAGAGGAGGAAGCCGUAGAAGGCGAGAACAUGACCCAGACCGACUCUGAUGAAGAAGCCUUUGAUGAAGAAGUUGAUGACGACGGGGAUCGGGGAACGGAGGACGCUGGUCUGACAACGGCUUCGCAGGGCCAAUACCAUUCAAGACACACAUCGAAAUUAUCGGCUGCGCUCUCGCUCAGGUCGUUUGGCGUGUUCAACGUCGAUGGAACAAACGAAAGGACCGAUUUGGAGCCAGUAGCUGAUGGAAACAUCAGCGUGGAGGAGAAACAUGAUUUGGAUGGUGUCGAAGAGUGGACGGGGUCGGAGGACGUAUUUAUGGGCCAUGAAAGUUCGGAAGAUGAGAGCAUUGGCGAGUGGUCAAAUCCUUCUGAUGAAGAAAGGGCGCGGCAGCAACAUCUGGAACGCAGGACACGGCGCCGGGCGUUACAGCAAGAUGCUGAACAGCCGAGACGCAUACCUAACUUUCCUCGUCCGCCGGAAAACACCAUGGUAAUGUCUGUACCCGGAGAGGCUGAUAUUAUAUCGAAUCCCAGUGAGGAAGAACAAUUGCAGGACCACGAAGGUUAUCUUAGCGUGCACAAUUAUUACGAACGUCCUCCUUCAAAUAUGAGUGGACGAUCGUCUCGACCUCUUCCUCCCCUCCCCCACUCUCGUUUACCUUCUGGCCAGCAUUCUAUCCAUGACCCAGCCCAAGCUCAUUCGCGCCAUUCGUCAGAUGUUAACUUUGGGUUCCCUGAACCGAAGCCGGCCGUUCCUCGUCUUAAUCCUAACGCUAAACCAUUCGUUUUCGGCGCUCCGCUGGAGAACUCAUGGAAGCCCGACUCUUUCACUGGCUCCGGCGACCACACACACUCACGUUUUCCGUCCUUCGGCAAACCUCUCAAUGCCAGUGCUCAGGAAUUCAAGCCAAGUGCAUUCACAUUCAAGGCCGUAGGUCCUGCUUUCCCCCUUGCAGAACCUUUCCGGCCGCUCCCUGUUCCCCCUGUUAGUGAGUCGUCACCAUUUCGGGUCCAAGGUCGCGAAAAACGUAGACGCCAUGGAUCAAACGAGUCUGUGGAAGAGGGAGAUAGUAUGGCGUCGUUCAAGUUCCCUCCACCCGCAGAUUCUCCUGUGGACUUGCGUCAGAUGCCAUUGCCACGUCCUGACAGAUCCGGACAUUCCUCCCUCAACCCGUCUGUGGAGCCGUUCACGUUUGCUGGCUUUUCGGCUGCUGCGACUUUACCACCUAUACCCCCUGCGGACCCUGCUGAGGAAACUUUUGAAGACGAGAGUACUGCACGCGCCGAGUACGGUGAUUCCCAAAUGGAUGCAUCCGUCCUGCCUUCGAGUUCAAAGGCGAAGCGGGCACCUAUACCGCUGGACUUCAUGCACACCGUAUCGAAUAAUACCGUUCCCGCGGGUUUGUUCAAAGCCCUAGUCAACAACGGUGGGGAUGAACGCACUCGCCGAACUGUGCGGUCACGACUCAGUUCUCGCGAAAUCUUUGACCACGUUUCUCAUCCUUCCUUGGAUGAUCUUAGUGUUCCUGCCAUCUCUCACAAAGUAUCCCGAAGCAGAUUGGUCACUGAUCCUGGUCAAAGGCAAGUCUCUCCUACUGAAGAUGUAUUUGGUUCCACGCGUCAUUCCCGACGACGGUCGUCGCUUCCUGAUGCUCUUCAUCCUUUCCCUUCAGGAUCAUCCAUUUCAGAGACCUCGGUCAUCCACAAGGACCUGACAAGCCGGUUUGAGCUGCAUAGAAUCGAAGAUCUGCUCGAUGAAAAAAUUGCGGUCCUUCGUCACGACAUCAGAGGAGGAUCUACACUGAAUCCCAACACAGAGGCUAUGAUUAACGAGGUUCUUUCGCUGUUCAGGACUCAGCUCCGUGAUUCCGCCACGCGUAGUUUGGAAGAUACUCAGCUGGAUGCGCGGGGUGAAUUGGAUUUCCAAUUGAUAAAGGAUGUCAUCGAACAGGCCCAUGCUGAAACGCUUGCUCAUCUCAAGCAGGAGCUUAGCAGUAUAUCCCAGACCUUCGAUAAAGGACGUCCUAUCUUGAAUCCAGGCGUUCCGGACGUGACUCUGGAGCAAUAUAGCACCCGCACGAUUCAGGCAAUCAAUGAAGCGAUAUCUGAAAUGUCGGUCCGCUUGGAAUCUAUUGGACGGGCAGCCCCGGCGAGGGAGCGAGAUGCCAUUGUGGACGCUGUAGUAUCCGCCUUAUCUCCUGUUCUCAGCUCUAUCCGUUCGGAUUCGGUGGAUUACGACUAUCUGUCCGAGAAGCUCUCUCACGCAGUUAAACCCAACAUAUCCCAGCUAAUUGAUCUUGCAUCAGAUAAACGCGAGACGGCCGGCCUCAUUGUUAAGCAGUUAAUCCCUCUUUUGCCCAACCUGCAGGAGCCUAGCCCUGCUGUUGACACCGACGCCAUCAGCCUUCAACUUACAUCUGCUGUCACCCGUGCCAUCGCUCCAAUAGAUGCUUUCGAAAUCAAGGAGCAGGUCGCAGACCUCGUCGUCGAACGUCUUGACGCUCGCCUCGCCAACCGAGACAAGACAUUGACUCUGGACGGGAUCGCGAGUCGCGUAACCGAUAGUAUUUCGGGACUUUUGGAGCCUCUUCAGAGUAUCAACAACACAUUGUCGACACUUGUCGAAGGACAACGGUCUCUCGCUUCUCAGCAGUCAGAUUUGUCUUCGGCUCAGGGCGACGUUGUGGCCAACAUGACAGAUCUUCCGUCAAAAAUUCUGUCUGCAGUACAAGAUAUCGGAACCCAGAUUGAACUGUUGUCGAAGGGACAAGUCAACGAGGAUAAAGUCACUGCUCCGGAUGAGAACAUCGUUCAUAUUAAAUCGGUCAUGGAUGGCCUCACGGACAAGCAACGCACACUAGCGGAACAGAGUGGGGAGAUAUUAGGACUUCAUAAAGAUGUCAUUCAAAAGAUCAACGCUCUUCCGGAAUCAUUCUCCGUAGCCACCAGCGUGCUUCAGCAGGCACACGCCGAAUUUACAUUGUCUAGAGAUGCGGUCAAGCACGAGCUUGAAGACCUCAGGAAGACCAACACCGACUUGCAAGUCCAGGUUGCCAAGGCUCGAGGCGCGCAUGGACAGGUUCGUGUCGAGAAGGAGGUGCUCUCUGAGAAGUUAGGCAUUGUGGAGGCUGAUCGGGAUCUAUUGCGGACCCAACUGAAGGACUUGCAGGAUUCGGUUGCGGCAAAGGCCGAAGAGAGUGCAGUUGUCGAUAUCCGGAAUACAGAAUUGCAAGAUGCUCUAGCGAAAGCUCUUUCACGCCUCCAAUCUUCUGAUGUUGCCACGCAAUCUAAUCAAGAACGAAUUGCUGAGCUUGAGAAAGCUAACCAAGAGCUGUUGUUUGAUAAAAGGACAUUGAAGACCAAGAUUGAUGCUCUUGAAAUGAAGGUGGCGUUUGCUUCUCGCGACAAGGAUUUGGCAGAGGAGACCAUCGCCGCCCUUCGCAAGCAAAAUGAGGAUCUCACCACGAAUUCAAGUCAGUGGGAUAGCCUCCGUCAGGCCUCAGAACAAAUCCAGGUUAUUGCGAACCUUAUGCACCAAUCUGACGAUGAAGAGCUGCAGGAGCUUAAGUGCAUCCGCGAUAGGUCGAAGUUGCUUGAAGGAGAACACUCGAUGUUGCAGAAACGUUUCAAGGAUCAAGAGGGACGACUAUCUAAUGUCGAGAGGGCUGCGUUCACGGCCCGCCAAAGUCUCUCUCAAGCACAACAGCGGGCUAGCGAGUGGGAAAACCGUGCCAAGGAGUAUGAGGGUAAGCUUGAGCACACGCAGACGAUGCUGGACCAGGCGGAGCAGACCCAAGCUCAAUUGGACGCUGAUUAUUCCUUGGUGAAGAUGCAGGUAGAGGAGCGGGAGGCGGAUGAGCGCUUGGCGAAGGACCGAGAAGCCCGCUUACGUGACCAAAUCAGCGCACUCGAAGCCAAGAUCAGAGUCAUGCAAACCGAAUUCGAGCGUUCUAGGAAUGCAAACAGCAAAACGCCAACAAUCACCAUACCUCGAAACGGUAUGCCGCGUCCCGACUCUCGUACGAGUACGGAGUAUAGUCGUUCGCGAUCGGUGACACCGAAUGGACAUACGCCUCCUCAGUCAUCUGUAUGGGACUCCAUGCACGCGCCAAAGAGUAAUGGGGUCCAUCCAUCUCCCUACACUCCUACUCCAUCUCGAUAUCCGACUGCUUUAAUCCGCGGAACACCCAGACGACGAUCUCAACUGCCGCUUGCGCCUCCCUCGCCUACACCGAGUACAAUAUCCCUAACGCCAACUGUAGAUGAAGACGGCUGGUGGAGAUAAAAUUCUCGGACAGGUUCUUUUCGCUGACCCUAUUUUUUAACGUUGCCAAUCAUCCAUGUGCAUUAUCAUUCAUUCAUCUAUGGCUAUCCCUGUUGUCGGUAUUCUACAUACAGUCUUGCUUUUAUACAUUUGCAUCACCAUCUUUCAUCAUUCGCUAUCACAUUGGUUUCCUAUACUCACGUUACUAUUCCCAGAUCUUUCAGGUCUAUUACCCACCCUACUAUUGAUUGUACAUAAAUACCCUCUCUUUUUCUCAUUGUACACUCGGAAAUGGAAUUGCAUUACUAUGUCAGUGUGUAAGUGUAUGGUGCAUGUAUUAUAUCGGAACAACAUCUGGUAACCGUAAACCUGGGC